CCCCAAACCACCCCUCGCCUCAAGGUGCCUGCACUUGCAGCAGCAUCGCAGAACACAAAGGAAACUCUCGGCAACGCAUACCUCAACAACGACAACGAGCGCACCCGCCGGCUGAUUCCAAGCCUGCCUGCAACCCCAUUUCGCAUUCGCCCCGGUGUCACUCAACCCCCAUCUAUCACCCAUCUUCCCUCAGAUCCAAAAGAACGCGCCCACCCGGCACCACGAUGGACAAACUCAAAGCCGCCUUCUCACAGGCCUUCACAACCUCCUUCAACCCAAAGUCACCUACAGGUCUCUCCUCCGACAGCAUAGACAGUGCACUUCAAUCCCAUAUGGUCUCGAAGCUGCGACCCUCGCGGCCUCCACUCGAUAAGCGCAAGUUCAGUAGUCUCGCCGUCGAGAAUGUUAUUGAGCGUGUUAAAAGGGUGUUUGAGGAGAAGGGAAGGAGUGAAUUGGCCGAUCUAUUUGAACUUUGUUAUCCCAAUACUCUGGAUACGACGGUGGUCCAUACUGAGGUGGAGAUUGAGGGGGGCAAUAGACAAGGCGAUGAUACUUUUGUCAUCACGGGAGAUAUUCCGGCUAUGUGGUUAAGAGACUCGACGAACCAAGUGAACCCAUACCUCCCUCUCGCCAAAACGCAGGCCCCCAUCCGGCACAUGCUCCUCGGCCUCAUAGCGCGUCAAACCCGCUGCCUAAACACCGACAUCUACGCGAACGCCUUCAAAAAAUCCCGCCACCAAUGGGGCGAAUGGGACAAAGACCUCGUGCACCCCAAACUCUCCUCGCUAGCUUGGGAAGGCAAAUACGAGCUCGACAGCCUGUGCGCUUUCCUGAAGCUGUCGAACCGGUACUACGAGGUGACGCGCGACACGUCGUUUGCGGAUGGGGAGUGGACAACGGCGGUGGAUGCGGUGUUGGGGGUGAUGAGGGUGCAGCAGAGGGGCACGUUGGAGGAGUUGGAAGAGCCGGCUUAUUCGUUUGUGAGGGUGGGGAAUGUGCCGAUUGAUACGUUGAUGUUGGAUGGGAGGGGGCCGCCUGCUAAACGAUGUGGCCUGAUAAAAUCCCCCUUUCGCCCCUCGGACGACGCCUCCACCUACCCCUUCCUCGUCCCCGCCAACGCCAUGGCCGUCGUCGAGCUCCAGAAACUCUCCGCACUCCUCACAUCCCUCGAAGCCGACUCUGCAACCCCGUCAUCAUCACAAACGAGAAGUUACAAAUCCCUCGCGGAAGAAGCAAACAGCCUCGCGAGCGAAGUGAAAGAGGCGAUAUAUAAACAUGCGCUGGUGGAACAUCCCCGUUUCGGGAAGGUGUUUGCGUAUGAGGUUGAUGGGUUCGGCAACGCGUUGUUCAUGGAUGACGCAAACAUUCCCUCCCUCCUCUCCCUCCCCUACCUCGGCUUCCUCCCCGCCACAGACCCGGACUACCUCCGCACGCGCACCUUCAUCCUUUCCGACUCGAACCCUUAUUAUUUCUCCGGCAGCGCGGGCAAGGGCGUCGGGGGGCCGCAUGUGGGGCUUGGGUGGAUUUGGCCUAUGGGGAUUGUUGUUCAGGCACUGACGACAGCGACGGAGGAUUUGGGUUCGGACCCGGAGGUGCAGGCGUGUGUGGAGAUACUGGUCAAGUCGACGGCGGGGACGGGGUUUAUGCAUGAGAGUUUUUUCAUGGAUGAUGUGCAGAAGUUUACGAGGCCUUGGUUCGCGUGGGCAAACUCCCUCUUCGCCGAGCUCCUGCUGAAACUCGCAGGUAGCGACGGGACGGUUGAUGAGCCCGGAAGCAUCAAUGACGCCCCUACUGAUGCACAUUUAGCGGCCGCACACACCGCUGUCGGUGCUGCGACGACGUGUUCGACGGCGGGGGAAGAGGAUGCGAAGAUUGUUGGGGAGGAUGUGCCUGAGGCGGGUGUUGAUGCGCCUUCUGUGUGAAUGAACGUUUUUGGGCAAGUAUUCAAGGGUCAUCACGGACCCCGUUUUGGGUCUGAGGAAUCUUUUUGGUCAACAGCAUGCACCUUGGUCCCACAUGGCUCUUUUGGGACAGUCUCUAUGUUAAGGGGAUCGCGGUGUGGGAGACUAUGUAUAUGUUGCUAAGAGU